UUGAUUUUUCAUAGGUUAUGUUUAGGGGGUGUUUUGAGCCCCCGACGCUCUGAAAAUGUGUUCCUCCCGCAAAAAACGGUGAAGCGUCGGCUUUGAAGCCAAAAUGGGAGAGUUCCAAGCCUCGCAAAACACCCCCGAAACUGUUGAACCUCCCGAUUCAAAAAAAUCAGUUUUUGCAAGUUCCUUGAAUGAAAACAUUCAAAUUAAAACCGAAACUGCGUAUAAUUCUAGUCUGGAAGUCGAGUCUGAUGAGGAGUUCGAGUUGAAACUCAUUAAAAGUGAACAUUUUGAGCAGAAUGAAGAUGUUUUGGACAACGAAACAACUCGAUAUAAAUGCAAUAUCUGUUUGGAGGAUUUUAAAGUAUUGGUGGAUUACAGAACGCAUAGGAAGGGGCAUUUUAUCGAAAAAAGGACAUGUAAGGUGUGCCACARAGUGUGCCAAAGUCUUAGCAAAUUGGAGAUUCAUAUGAACACGCAUUUGGGGCUAAAGCCUUACAAGUGCACAGUCUGUGACAAAAAUUUUGUCUCGAGUAAUCAACUAAAACUGCAUGGGAGGUGCCAUUCGGACGAAAAACGCUAUUCUUGUAAAAAAUGCACCAAGGCGUUUCGGCAUUUGGGGUCCCUGAGGAGCCACAUGGUCACACAUGACGACAUCAAGGAGUUUCAGUGUAAGCAAUGUGGGGAAAACUCGCGCAAUGUGGAGGCAUACCGCAAACACCUGGAGUCCCACGGCCAAAAAAUCGAGAUAAAGUGCGAGCUUUGCAACAAGAARUUCUCAACGGAGCGCCAUCUACAAACCCACUUGAAGUCCCACAGCGAGUUGCAGUACCCCUGCGAGUACUGCGGCCGCAUUUACCCGUCUUUGUACCGCCUGAAGCGCCACAUUAAGCGUGCCCACAUUCCGAGCGUUUGCGARGAGUGCAAUGCCAUUUUCUACGACAGAGCUAUGUUCACACGGCACAAAAAGCAGCACAAUGAGGGUAAACCCGUCUCGUGCUCCUUCUGUGGCAAAAACUUCGACAAGCAGAAGAAUCUCAGCGAACAUGUGCGUCUCCAGCACAAGGAGGACGGAAACAUCCACAAAUGCGACUUGUGCGAGAAAGUCUUCAUUAACGCGUCGCUGCUUAAAAACCAUAUCAAAACGCACGAUAAGUGCUUCAAGUGCACAUUUUGUGCGAAGUUGUUCAGCUCGAGGUACAACCUCGAAACGCAUUCGGUGACACACACCGGGGAGAGGAACCACAAGUGCGACAUCUGUGGGAAUGUUUACUCGACGAAAACCAGCCUUAAGAACCACCAAGCGACGCACAGCGAAGCGAGGAYUUUCAAYUGUGACCAAUGCCCGAAAUUGUUCAAGACUAAUCGGAGGCUGUAUGUGCAUAAAUUCUCGCACGCCACUGAGGAGAAAUUCGAGUGUGGAGUUUGCAAUGCGAGGUUUAAAGUCAAACAAUACUUGAAGUAUCACAUGAUCAAACAUUCGACCAAUAAGCCGUUUGAGUGUAAAGUCUGUAAAAAGAAAUUUAAGCACAAGAAAUCGUGGGAGAAACAUUCCAAUCACGAUAAACAUUUGAGAAAUGUCAAAAUGGAGGCACAAAUUUGCGGGGUUUGUGCACACGAGUGUGACACUAAAACCGAUCUUCUGGAACAUAGUAGGCUCUGUCAUGGGGAAUCCCCGAUCGUAGAAAAAAUAAGUAUAAAAAAAGAGAGUUGUUAGUCAUCAGUUAGGCUUUAAUUUCGUUCCUUUUGUGUUGUGAUAUUUAUUUAUUUUUGGCGUGUGAUAAUAAAUCCCUGUAC